AGCAUUUAGCUUGUAGGUUGUCGCCAUUCUGCUUCUGAGUGCUUUGGAGACUCAUGGCAUCGUCCGGAGUGCUUGACUUGGAGGCGUCGACAACAGCCUCUGUGGCUGAUGCAGGGUCGGCUGUGGUGGCCCAGGCCACCAAUCCAGCACACGUUCCAGAUGAAGGCACCAACGCAGCAGGAGUUGCAAAUGAAAGCCUUUUGGAGCGGACGCCGCCGCCCAAGCGCCUGCGUAGGUCCCACCGCUUCAGGAUCGUUACAGAAGAGGAAGCAGACACAUUGCCUUUGGAUGAGCUCUUUGAUGACAAUACAUGGAUCUUGCUGAGUUCUGAAGUGAGUGGCUCUGAAAGCGGGCCAUCAAAUUCUGAGGCCAAGGAGGUCACCCAAGCAGAAGCACAGUAGGAAAUACUGACUGUGCUGCAUUUUCUGAACGAAAUUGGGGUGUUCGUUCUUAAUCUCAUUUGUGUUGCCAUAGGUAGCAAACUUGUCGCGACGCACACAAGGUGCUGCACAAAGAGUGUAUGCGAGAUG